AUGUCGAUUGCUUCUCUUCCCGACGAGAUCCUAGACUCAAUCUUGUGCUAUCUAGAUCUACCAGACUGGUGUGCUCUUCGCCUCUCAUGUCGUGCGCUUUACUCCAAAUCGCUGGCGACCUUCGUGAGCCGCCAUGUCAAUCGCAUCAGCGUCCUCAUCACACGCGAUGGCCUGCGAGAACUUGAAGCCAUCGCCUCCCAUGAUGUCUUCCGAUUACACGUCCAGGAACUCUGGCUAAUUCCUGAGGUGUUUCGAGGCCACUACGAUACGGACUACAAUACCUAUGUGCAGGCCAAACUGAUGGCCGCUGAGUGCUUGCACCAGGCUAGUGAUGAGCAUGGCAUGCGCAUCCUCACCACCGAGCAAGCCAGGCUACAAGGGGUCCUGGAAAAUUCAGGGACUGAUUACGAGGCAUACCAGGCUGCGGUUAGCAGCCACCUCCAACUAGUUGAAGCAGAAUUGCUCCCACACACCCUCGCAGCUUGCAUGAGACAGUUCACGAACCUCUCCGCCGUAGGCCUCGAGACCUACCCUCCCUCCACGGCCAGGAUCAAGCAUCCACCCUGCCUAGGCCGUAAGACUCUGCACCGUCAGCUUCGCCACCACCCUUUCAGCAACCCAGAUGGCUCCUCCCGCUGGCAGGAGAGUCCUGAUUUCAAGUGA